AUGGCUAGUUUUUACGACGAGACAUUGGUAAAUUUUGAUUUAGACUUCCUGCAACCGUCUGCAAGUAAUGUGGUAAGUAAGAAUGUUUUAAGACAUGACAAACAGCGACAAUCAAUAUUGAAUGUGAAGAAGAAAAUUGUAGCAAGCAGUGCUCUUGUACAGAAAUUCUAUACACAAAAAGAGAGACUUGAAGAAACUGAAUGCUUGCUCUUGGCUGCAAAAGAAGAAUGUAAACAAGCUUGUAUAGAGAAUAAGGGAACUUUGGAAAAAUAUACUGAAUUAGAAAAGAAUGCAGUGAACCUCAAAGAAAGUAAUCAACAACUGGUAAAAAAUGUUGCGGACUUGCAAAACCAGGUGGAAGCAAUGAAUUCACAUGCUUAUCAAUUACAGACACUUGUUAAGGAAAAAGAAUCAAUGGUGGAAGCUUUAAAAAUAGAAAAAGAAUUGGAGAAAAACAGUUUAAAGGACUAUGAGAAAAAGCUUACAUCAUAUGAAAAAGAACGAGAGGCAUUUUUAAAUGAUAUAAGGUGUUUCAAAGAUGUAGUUCUUGGUAAAAAAAAAGUUAAAGAAAUAAAACAUAUUCUAUCAAAAUAUAAAGACAUGAAAAUCUUUGCCGAUGGUAUAGAGUCAGAUAACAGUAGUGAUCUAGAUGACUUUGAUGAGAGUCCUAUCAGAUCUCCAUCACCAAUAGACAAUAUUUUAUAUGAAGCACAACAAAAGGAAGGUGUGUUAAGUAAUAAUGUUAAUAAGGAAUCAUGCAAUGACUCAAAAUUAUUAAAGAUUGAUAAAUUUAAUGAUGACCAUGAUUCUGAUUUUUGUAUUGAGGUUAUUAGUGAAGACACUGGGAGGGGAUCUUCAUUGGCAUUGUCUGAAAUGAACAGCCCAGAAAAUGAUUUUAUGGUGGGUGAUUAUAAUGUAAUAAUCAAAGAACCAAUUAUUCAAGUUGAUGUUGGUACAAGCCCAAUGAGAGUUGAAGAUAAUCUUGUAUCAAGUCCAAAUAUAUUUGAUGAUGAAGUAUUACUGAGUGAUAGAAAUGCUGAUGCACCAAAAACUCCUGAGUACUUUAUUUCAGAUAUUCCUUUAAGUUCAGAAAUUGUUACCAUUAAAGAGAAACGACAAUUAGUUGAUGCAUGCACAAGUCCCGUGAAUAUUCCACUUAAUAUUGUUCAUGAAGGUACUAGUCCCAUCAUCUUUGAGGAUAAUAAUGAGGAUAUUAAUAUCAUUGCAAGUGCAAUACAAGCCUCUAAUCCCGAACAAGCAAACUCAGACGCAUCCACUGACGACAAUAGUAAAUGCCAGAUGAGACUGAAUAGUAUAUCUAGUGGUUGUGAAAUAGAAAUAUCAAGGAAACCCAUAGAAGAAGUUGAAAGUAUGGAUGUUAAUGAUGAAAUUAAUAAUGAUAGGGAAGUGCAAAUGAUUUUAAGAGAAAUGAAGUUUCAUCAUAAAAUAAUCAGUCCUCUUCCAAAAAGACCAAAGAUGCAAUCCCACACAAUUAAGGAAGCUCAUGGAGUAUGUCCUGAAGCAAUAAAAGUCAGAAAAGAAAAUAAAACUUUAAAAACAAAUGUUGACUUUUUAUGCAAAGAAAUUUUGCUAAUUAAGAGUAUGUUAACAAGUAAAAGUCAUGAGAAUAUACAAACUACUGAAAGUGAUAUAAGCCUAUUUGGUGAUAGUCAAGAUACUAUCAUAGAAGGUGAUAAUGAUCUAAGUACUGUUAGUGAAGUUAACAACACAUGUGAGAACUCAACUGAUUUUGAUUUGAGGUCUAAUGCAACGGAAUGUGAAAAUGAUCCAAUAACUUUAUUAUUUUCAAAUGUAAGUCCACAAAAGUCUCAAAACAGAAUAUUGCUUGAAAAUGACAAUACCACUGAAACUCCACUUGAAGCCGACAUAAACUGCCCGGAUACUAUUAUAGAUAAUAAAAGAAAACAUGAAACAUAUGAUAUCCAAGUUUCCAAUGACUUUCCUAGAAAUGAUAAAUCACCGAAUGUUUCAAGACUUAAACGACGAAAACAAACCAAACUUGAUUUAUUGAAGAGAAAGAUAAUGCCGAGGAGUAAAAUAAUGGCGCAGCUACCUGCAAGAAGAUUAAAGAAAAUUCCUCUUAAACCAAUUGUGAGAAAAGAUUUUAAGAACAAACUCUUAAAUAUUAUAAACAACAAAGAGGCAUAUGAUAAAGCACGACAGGUAAUGAGUGAACUGAAAUCAAAUGAUAAAUCAAAACCCAAAAUUAUAAAACAAAAAAUUGUUAAGAAAAAAGAAAAUAGAAGUAAUAUUAGAAAUACAUCUGAUAGAUCUUCUGUUAAAGUUUCAAAAGAAGACUUUGUUAAGAAAACAACUGUAAGUAAUCCAAUUGCAAUUGAUAGUACAAAAGAAUCUUAUAAUAAUGAACACAAGAUUAUAAGCCCUAAGAAAAAUAGACAUGCCGUGCCUUUGGCACCAUCUACUGACAGCAGUAUAGAUACAAGUUCUGUUUCCGUCAUUAAUGGAAACGAAAAGGUAAAAACUAUGGAUUUAGAAGAAAUUAUUCAUAAAGAAGACAAUACUGGUAAUGAAAAGAUAGCAGAAGGUAAAGAAACGCCAAUAGUCGUAGACAAUGAAAAACAAGACAAUCACACAAGCAAGGAAACUACUCCCAAAACUAACCGAAGGCGCAAACGGAUCGAUUCUGGAAGUUCUAACGUUAGCUAUAAACGAAUGCUGCGAAGUUCAAAUUUGGAGAAAAUAGAGUCUAAAGAACAAGAAAAUAAGGAUGAUAGACCACUCAAUAUAGAUUAUAAUGAUCUAGAUAUGUUUGAAACUGACGUUAAAAUGGAAAACGUAGAUAAAUAUUUAGGUAAAACUACGAACGAAGAAACAGACACAAACUUACUUAAUAAAGUUAAAAGAAAAAUGAGGGUUUCUUCACAUGAUUCGGAUAAACCACAACGAUCAUUACGUAGUUCGAAUUCACAUGUAAAUAUUACAGAUAUAGAUACAGACGGAAACGCAAACAGGUUAGAGAUAACAGAAGAUAAUAAAGGAAAGAAAAUAAAUGAAAUUUUCACUCCACCUGAUGACAGACUGAACAUUUCUGCUGAUGCAAAUAAUCUCAGUAACAGCAUACUUUGUAAAAUGAUUAGAAAACAUGGAAAGAAUGUUAUUAAAACCUCAGCAUCGAAAGUAUCAGACAAAAUUAUAGACGCCAUUUUUGAAAAGAUAGACACAACAUUGUCAGAUAUUGUAGAGAAACCUCCUGAUCAGCUCCAAAAAGCAUUGGAUGACCUUAUUCAAUAUUUAAAAAGUCUAAAUCGGAAAGAAUUUAUAUCUGGUCUCAUGAAAUUCCUCCAAGACCCAGCUCGGAAGUUGGAAUUGUAUAACAAAGCUAUUACAAAAGUUCCCAUGACAAAGAAAGAACAGAUGAUUGUAUAUAUUAUAAAGCAAAUGAAUGAUAAUAUACUUGGCGAAGUUUUGAGAAAUAUAGACUUUGCUUUAUUCUGUUUGAGUCGAAAUCCUGAGUUUGAUACAAUAGAGAGUUUAUCGCAUAUGUAUGCAGUGUUAUGUAGAGUGUUUAAUUUGAAGAAUCGGUUAAAAGUGUUCAUGCUGGAUGCGAUGUACUGUCUUAACUUCAAGGCGGUCGUUGUGGUUAAGCAGUGUCUGACAACUUGGCCUCAUGUCUUACCUUUGGCACAUUUACCUCAUGCCAAAUCGCCGCUACUAUUAAGCAUAGUGUACUUAUUACACUUUUUAAAGUGUGACAAUCGUGGUAUGAAGCGAGCGACAGAUGUAAGAUGGCUGUUAGAUAAGAAAUACAUGUACAACUUCAAUGAAUGGACACAGAAUAGAGUACUUGAGAUGUUCAGCCACGCCAUCAAAACCAUCAGAGAUGAUCCCGCUGAAAGGAAUAUGUUGAGAAUGGCGAUAAUUAUCUUCGCUAAGCGGCAAGGUGUCAAAUGGUGUCAAAGGCAUAUCAUAAAUAACCUACUUUUAUCAACUGUAGAGAAUGAAAAUAGUCCAGAGAGAGUCAAAGUGUUUUGUAUAAAGGUUUUGGGACCACUUUUCAAGGCUUAUCCAAUCAAUAUGAAAGUGCAUUGCGAAAUUAUGACCAAUCGAUUACUGGAUAUGUUGGAACAGGAGAAUUUAUCACACGCAAUAAAGGAAGGAAUAUUCACAAGUCUUAUAUGUAUGAGCAAGCAUAAUCCCCAGCGCGUUAACAGUGCUAUGUUAAAAUGGACACCGGAGAGCGUGUCGUCGGAGUUCGAAGCUUUGAUUAAGAGUUAUGUCAGGGAAAAACCUAUUAAGGCGUGGAAGAAGAUACUCUCCAAGACACGUUAA